AUUUCACAUUCUUAUUUGUUGUUGUCGUGUUGCGCUUAUUUACGAAAUACUUGAAAGUAAACAAAACACGUGCAUUCCUUCAUUAUCACUUCGCUUAAUACACCUUCAUUUGUGUUUCUCGUGCAAGAGUAGAAAGUAUUGAAUCUAUAUUUAUUUAACGAAAUAGUUUUGUAUUAAAAUGCCAAUAGCCGAUACAAAUAUCCUGGUGAAACUCCAAAAAGACAUUGAACGUGUGCGUAAUAUCUGUAUUUUGGCUCAUGUGGACCACGGGAAGACCACACUUGCUGACUCACUUGUUGCUAGCAAUGGCAUUAUAUCUCAACGGAUGGCCGGUAAAUUACGUUACCUAGAUACACGUCAAGAUGAACAGGAGCGCGGCAUAACCAUGAAGAGUAGCAGUAUAUCGCUAUAUUACUGUGGGGGUAUGGAGGGGGAAAAAAGUGGGAAGGAGUAUCUCGUUAAUCUAAUUGAUUCACCGGGACAUGUCGACUUUUCCAGUGAAGUCUCGACGGCAGUGCGCUUGUGCGAUGGCGCUAUCGUGGUGGUUGAUGUAGUCGAAGGUGUGUGUCCACAAACGCGCGCAUGCUUGGAGCAAGUUUAUAAGGAGCAGCUAAAACCAGUAUUAGUCCUAAACAAAAUCGAUCGUCUCAUAAUGGAAAUGAAGUUAACACCUUUAGAUGCUUAUUUCCACAUAUGGCAAAUUUUAGAACAAGUAAAUGCAGUGCUUGGAAGCAUCUUCGCUUCCGAUGUGCUAGCAAAGGAGGACAUAACAAAGAAGGAUAACUAUGAGUCCGCAUUAGAGGAUGUUGACGAUUCAAAUUUAUACUUCUCUCCUGAAGCUGGUAAUGUAAUUUUCUGUUCCGCUUAUGACGGUUGGGCUUUCUCUGUGAGUGACUUCGCCAAAACGUAUGCUGAGCGAUUGGAAAUGUCGCAAACCGAAUUAGAGCAAGUUUUAUGGGGAGACUACUUUUACAAUGCGAAGAAAAAAUGCGCCAUUCUGGGUGCGCAAGAAAAGGCUAAGAAACCGAUGUUUGUACAAUUUGUAUUAGAAAAUAUCUGGAGUCUCUAUGAUAUAAUUGCUGUACGUAAAGAUAAAGAAAAAUUGCCGAUAAUCGCUGAGAAGCUCGGCAUAAAACUGCAAGCGCGUGAUUUGCGUGUCGCCGAUCCCAAAGCGCAAAUAAAAACUGUGCUUGGGCAAUGGCUGCCCAUAGAUCGUACUGUCUUAGAGAUGGUGGUGCGUCAUGUGCCAGCACCAAAUGUUAUCUCCGAUGAACGCGCAGAAAGACUUCUGUUUCCGCAAAACGUAGAGCUGAGUAGUUAUUCGAAAGAAACAUUAGUACUUAAGGAUGACUUUAAAAACUGCAAUAGCGAUAGUACGAAUGUCAUUGUAUAUGUCUCCAAGAUGUUACCUGUGCACGUCUCACAACUGCCACAAAAUAAACAAAAACGUUUAACUGAAGAUGAGCUACGCGCCAAACGUGAAGAGGUGCGUCGGCGUAUUGAAGAGCGCAGGCAAGCAGCUGAGAAGACUGAGAUGGAAAAUCUAACUGAAGGCGUGGAAGAGCUGAAUGUAGCGGAAGUUUCAGUUGUAGCUUCAGACCAAUUGGAAAACCAAACAGAGUCGAAACCAGAAGAAGUCGAAAAAUCUGAUUAUGUUUUUGUUGCUUUCGCACGUAUAUUCAGUGGCACGCUAAAACCGGGCAUGCGUUUAUACAAUCUAACGCCUAAACAUGAUCCAAGAAAUAAGGAUCACCUUAGCCUGGACUCGCCCUAUGUAAGCGAAGUGACGAUAAGUGAUUUGUAUAUGUUUAUGGGUGGCGAAUUGCAAGCGCUCGAUGAGGUACCGGCUGGUAAUAUUGUCGGCAUUGGCGGCUUAGAUCAAGAUAUUGUUAAAACUGCAACAUUGAGUAGUACCAUCAACUGUACUUCAUUUAGCGAAUUGAAUGUAAUGGCCACUCCUAUUCUGCGCGUAGCUAUCGAACCUGUGAAUCCACAAGAUCUACCUAAACUGGUGAAAGGGCUUAAAUUGUUGAAUCAGGCUGACGCAUGCGUACAAGUUUCCGUGGCGCCAACAGGUGAACACGUCAUCACCACACUCGGGGAAGUGCAUGUAGAGAAAUGUGUACGCGAUUUGGAGGAAAAUUAUGGGAAAAUCAAAGUCAACGUAUCCGAGCCAAUAGUUUCAUUCCGCGAGACAAUAGUGCCCGAAGCCACAGUGGAUAUGGUCAAUGAAGCUAUAGUAAAAACUGCCACAGACAAGGAUAUAAGCAAGAAGAUUAUUACGCUCCAAACCGCCAAUAAGAUGAGCACACUCCGCAUAGUAGCGCUGCCGCUGCCACAAGCCGCUGUUGAUUUACUGGAAAAGCAUUUAAGCCUCUUUAAAGAGUUGGCUGCGAACACGAAAGGUGUUGGUGUAUCUGAAAAAUACGCCACGCUUAUAACGCAAAUAAAAACGCAGCUUUCUAAAACCUUGACUGAGUUUGAACUUAAAGGUUUAUCAACGUUAACAGCAACAGAGCUCGUUGAACGAAUUUGGGCACUUGGUCCUCGUAAUUGUGGCACAAAUAUCUUGUUAAAUUUGUCUGACUACGAACAACCUAAUAUUUGGCAAUCUCUAAUGCAGCAAUGCGAUAAUGAAAAUGCUACUAAAGCGACGAGCGAUGUUCGUCGCGAUUAUAACAGUUCAUUUGUUAACGGUUUCCAAUUAGUAACUGGUGCUGGACCACUUUGUGAAGAGCCAAUGCAAGGCGUGGCAUUUGUUGUGCUCGAGUGGUCCGUGGCGCUGGGGGAAGACCUCAAUUCCAAGUCUUAUGGACCUUUUUCUGGGCAAGUGCUGACAGCAUCGAAAGAAUCAUGUCGCAUGGCAUUCCAAGCACAACCACAACGUUUAGUCAGCCCUAUGUACAGCUGUAAUAUUGUGGUGAAUGCAGAAGUUUUAGUCGCUCAUACGAGUAUGCGAGUACAAAAUUUUUCCCACUUCUGAAGUUCAAGUGAUCAACCUCUUCAAAAUCAACUCAAGCACAGCAGCGGAAAUGUCACUUUCUACUCAAUCUCCGCAACUUCACAAUCUCAACUUGAACUGCAAUGUAUAAUAAACAACAGCAAGCGUCGAGUCGGAGAAAAAUCCACAAACAACACAAAAAUCAAUAGUGAAUGACAGAAAUUGCAUUUGAAAGAAAAAAAGCAACGAACACAUGACAUGAAAGCAAUCGAGACUGCAACGAGCGAAAAUAGCAAAAAAGGGUGUAGCGAAAAGAACGUGGUCGUAAAAAAGAAACCAACGACAGACAGCGCACGAGUGGUCGAAAAAAAGAAAACGCGGAAAAAUCACCGAAAUGCAAAUAAGUACCGUUUUAUCAAUAAAUAAAAAAAAAAGUAGGAGAGCCCACUGCUAGUAGUAGCGAGAAAAUCAAAUAGUGCAAAUAAUGGUUAGUAACUGUAGGUAUGCACGAGCACUUGAGCCUGUACUACAAUAAGAGUACGACGAGUAUGUUGGAUGUGAAAGCUCAUGGUGUAUUUACAGAUGCGCUCAAGCAACUUGAGAAUCACAAACUUUAUUUGAAACUGAAUUUGUACGAAUUUGAGGUUAUCUAUUUGUAUAACUGUGCAUACACGUUCCUACAUACCUACGUGUAUGUACAAGCAUUAAGGUCCCUGCUAGACACUCGUUGGUAAUUGAGAGCGCGCACGUUCACUCGCCCGUUCAUUUACUUUUCCGCUGUCUUGCCAACAACCCACCCAGCUGACAAUGUCAGACACGACUUUAUCGCUGCCGUGAGACAACAACAACAACUACAGCAACAACAAAAAAAACUAACUGCAACAGAAACUCAACGAUAGUAACACCAAUUGCCAACCGAAUAGAUUGAGUGUUGUCUGUCGUUAAACGAAAAAUCGUAAAAAUAAAAAUCAAUAAAGUUUGCAAAGCAGAAAAAAUAACGAAGAAACUAAAAAAAGAAACAUUUUAAAAACAACAUAUACUAUAGUCAGCCACUGCUUGAACUCUAACCCCGUUAUAUGCGGCGCAAUUGAAAUGGUUUGCCAUAAAAAAAGACUCUGCGAAAAUAACAUUGCAACGAAAAGAGAAAAUCGAAACUUUGAUUUUCGUCGCAGGAAAAAAGCAGAAAGUGUUUGUUGAAGCACUGGCAGGCGAGUUCAAAGGGGCAUAUCAGAGGGUGUGGGUAGUAUGUGUGUGUGUGGGUUGAAGAAACAUUUUAAUAUGCAAUUCGUGCAAAUUUGUGGCAAAAGUCGUAUUGCACUAUUAGCGACUACUACAAAUCUGUAUGGGAACAUUUUGGCAAACUAAGCUAAGCUGCUUUGUUUGCUAUUUGCUAUAUAUUUGGGUAAAUAGUAAAAAUGAAAAC